CGGGCGCUGGGCGGCCCCGUGCCGAGCGCCGAGCUGCGAGUAGCGAGUGGCGGCGGGCGCCAUUUCGGGGAGCAGUCGCCGGUGCCAGAGCCGGGGCCCAGCCCGGGUCCGGGGACCGCCCGCCACGGUCGCGCUGCCCCUCGCCGCCUGCCGCUCUCGGGCUAGCCGAGCGGCGCCGUCCAUCUCACAUUCAGACGCUUGGAGAGGGCUCCUGAGCCCUCGGGCCCAUCCCCCAUCGCUAGCGCAGCCGGCGCCGCAACCGGGAGCCGUCGCCGGACCUCGGGCACCCGAACGAGGACAGCACCCGCCCACGGCGCAGGUAUCCUGAAAAAUGGCUGAUGAUAUUGAUAUUGAAGCAAUGCUUGAAGCUCCUUACAAGAAGGAUGAGAACAAAUUGAGCAGUGCCAAUGGCCACGAAGAACGCAGCAAGAAGAGAAAAAAGAGCAAGAGCCGAAGUCGAAGCCAUGACAGGAAGAGGAGCAGAAGCAAGGAACGGAAACGGAGCCGAGAUCGGGAAAGGAAAAAGAGCAGAAGCCGGGAAAGAAAACGGAGCAGAAGCAAAGAACGCAGACGCAGCCGUUCCAGGAGUAGAGAUCGCAGAUUCAGAGGCCGCUAUAGAAGUCCCUAUUCUGGUCCAAAAUUCAACAGUGCCAUCAGAGGGAAGAUUGGUCUGCCUCACAGCAUCAAAUUAAGCAGACGGCGCUCCAGAAGCAAAAGUCCCUUCAGAAAAGACAAGAGCCCUGUUAGAGAACCUAUUGAUAAUCUUACCCCUGAGGAGAGGGAUGCUCGCACAGUAUUCUGCAUGCAGCUGGCUGCAAGAAUUCGACCGAGAGACCUGGAAGAAUUUUUCUCUACAGUAGGGAAGGUUCGGGAUGUGCGAAUGAUUUCAGAUAGGAAUUCCAGGCGUUCAAAGGGAAUUGCUUAUGUUGAAUUCGUUGAUGUUAGUUCAGUGCCACUGGCAAUAGGACUAACUGGACAGAGAGUCUUGGGUGUACCAAUCAUAGUACAAGCAUCACAGGCAGAGAAAAACAGAGCAGCAGCAAUGGCAAACAAUCUGCAGAAGGGCAGUGCUGGUCCUAUGAGGCUCUAUGUGGGGUCAUUACACUUCAACAUAACUGAAGAUAUGCUGCGAGGAAUUUUUGAGCCAUUUGGCAGGAUUGAAAGCAUUCAGCUGAUGAUGGACAGUGAAACUGGACGCUCAAAAGGAUAUGGAUUUAUUACGUUCUCAGACUCUGAGUGUGCCAAAAAGGCCUUGGAACAACUCAAUGGAUUUGAGCUUGCUGGUAGGCCAAUGAAAGUUGGACACGUAACUGAGCGCACUGAUGCCUCCAGUGCCAGUUCAUUUUUGGACAGUGAUGAGUUGGAACGGACUGGAAUUGACUUGGGAACAACUGGUCGCCUUCAGUUGAUGGCAAGACUUGCAGAAGGUACUGGUUUGCAGAUUCCCCCAGCUGCACAGCAGGCACUGCAGAUGAGUGGGUCUCUGGCAUUUGGAGCUGUGGCAGAGAAAAUUACUACCAGGAAUUAUGUCAUUGUGGGAGACUUUAACUUCCCUGAUACAGAUUGGAGAAGAAUUGCUAGUAAUAAUGGUGGGGCCCAGAUAUUCCUGGAUGUGAUAUCCGACAAAUUUCUUCAUCAAACACUCACUGACUCAUGAAGAGGGGAUGCUAUUUUAAACUCAAUUUGGUAAGUAAUGAAGAUGUUAUGGAUGAGAAUAGAAAUGACCAUUGACUUGAGGGAUCAUGAGUUGCUCAAGUUUAAAUGGAAGGAUAAGCAGGUCUGUAAGGCUUCUGAUUUCUAAAGUGGUGGUUGAAGAAACGAGGCCAUAGAGUCAUCUGGUCUAAGCAACUUGGGUGUUUGAACAGUGAGGAUGUAAAAGGUUUCUUCAGUUCCAAAUUGCUAAUGCUAUAUUGGAUCUGUAUUCCACAGAAAGAAGAAACAGUCCUGUUAGAAAUGGGCUCCACACCGAACUGGGUGAUUAACUGCCUCAAAAGAAAUAAGGAAUAAGCUCAGAGCCUAUGAAGAAGAGGAAAAAGGACUGAUAAUAAACCCGUAUUUUUAGUUUGGGAAAUAGUAAAAAUGAGAAUUAUCUACUAAGUCAGUUUGAAUUAGGCCUUGUGAAAGACAUGAAAGCAUAGAUGAAGUUUUCCCAACUCCUGAAGAGAACAAAAAGGAAGCAGGGGUGAGGUUGUCUGAAAAAAUACUCCCAAGGUGUUCCAAAAGAGUCUCAUUGCCUCAGUUUGUAGUGGGGACACUGGUGAUUAAAGUUUGGAAUUUGAGGAUGGUAAGCUAGGAACAUGAAAAAAAAAAUCAUUCACAGGGUAGAAGCAAAGCUGAAAGUAAGAUCCGAAUGUAGAAAGAAAACUCCCAGCAAGUUAGUGAGGGAAUAGGUACAUGAAAUAUGAGGUUCGAUAUCUGGUAUUGAUAUAGCUGUAACAUCUAAAUUACUUACACUUAAAAGGAAGGAAGAACACCACAUCCUGGCCAGUUUCCAGUCCUGUUACAGUCCUGUUACUCCUGUUACUUCACUUCUCUCCUUCAAAAGCCAUGCUAAAGAUGGGUAAACUGGAGAAUAUUAUUAAAGCCCAGCAUACUUCAGAUAAACUGCAUUUAAAGAUUCAGAGUCUUUGAUAAAACCGACUUUCCUGCACAAGGAGCAGUGGUAGAGCUCUUCUCCCUGAACUUCUGACUUGUAUCACUUAAAAGUUAUCAAACUUUAGAAGUGGGUAGUACAGGAAAUACAAGAUGUGUAAAAAAGCUGGCUCAAAGAAAGAGGAACUGUGUUUUUUGGAAGAUCAGAGGCUGUUGUUGAAGCCAAAAUUCAGGUGUUGGGCUGAUCUUGUUUUAAUAUUUACAUAAAUAACAAUAGUCAACAAGAGUAUGAGUGAGGUGAGUAAAUACAGAGGGGCUGUUGAUAAGGGAUUCUUGGGGUGUUGUACAUUGUUCACCUUUCAGGAUUGAAACAAAUUCUAGUUGUAUGGCCUGGGAGCUUAGCAGUGAAAGACAGCAAGGAGGAGGAAAUAGAUCCAGUUCAUCAGUGAGUGAAUAUGAACUGUCAGUGUGCUGCAUUUUUGGAAGGGCAGCUGUGUUCCUGGAAGUAGCACACCUGAGCAGCUGAGAUGUGAAAGUCCGCAUUGAUGAGCAGUUCUGGUCACCCAUGUUCAAGAGGGGUUGAAUCAAACUAAAGAACUAGUUUUCCAGGAGACCUGAAAACUUGGACGUUAUUCCAAUGGAGAAGAUUCCAGCAGGAAAAGGAAUUGAAGCUAAAGAGCUGUAGCUUGUACUUUCUGCUCUUCAGUAAACUCUGUCUGAAAAUCUGGAACUUAAAAUAACCAUGAGGCUAUAGAACAUUCUUCUCAAGCUUCAUGUCACAAAACAUUCCUUACUUUCGGGGAAGAAACUAUCUGUUCAUGAAAAAGAUGAGAUAGUGCCUGCAGUAGAGGGACAAAUAGGUGUUACCAUCCAUGACCUCUCUCUGAUCUGCUGUUCUGUUGUAACUAAUUACUUCAAAAACUGAGGAAUGCUUGGCAGGCUGUAGUUUAUUAAAACCUAGUUGUGCUUUGAGUAAAGAUGCAACUUCAUUUUGGUUUAAGACACAAAAUGCUUUCAUUGAUACUUCUCCUUUCUCUGUGCUAAGCAUGUACUUCUCAGUCAUGCUGAACAGAUUAUAUAUAGAGAACAUAGUGAAAAAGGUACUUUGAUCCUAACUUGACGGAUGUAUUAAUUUUAGUUUAUACAUACUAUAUAAAAGUGCAUGGAGGGAAGAUUAAGAGGUGACAGUGAAGAGUGACAAUGAGUUUCUAAAUUCCAAGUGAAUUUAGAAGUGAGAGGAUCAUUCUUCAAUCUUGAGCAACAAGAAAAUUCAGUUACUUGACUGAACAAGGUUUAGGUUCAUCUGAAACAUAUCAGACCUGUUCCUACAACAUCCUGGUAGCAGAUGUGUUUAGAUUUGACUCUAGGCUCUCCAUAGAGCUUGCACUGGUGAUCUCUGUAGAUUUGCCACAUUUGGUGCAGGCGUCCUGGAGCAUUUGGCUGUAGAGCCUUGGGCUGACUGACACUGAGUUCAGCUGUACAGGGUGUACAUGUGCAGUCGUGUCACAAUUGCAGAGGGGGAUGUCUCGGUCCUCAUCUAACCUGAGGGAUUGAGGAGAUUUGGGGGUUUAUUAAUGUUUUUAAAACACAUUUAUUUACAGAUAAGUUUAGGUAGUGAUUAACUAGGUGAAAUUAGUUACAGACCUGGCCAAAUCC